GGAAGGAAGCCGAUGGAGAGGGAGCAGAGGGCGAAGAGAGACCCGGAGACUGUGGGUACCAGGACGGGGACGAUGAACGUUGGAGGAGAGAUGAAGAUCUACUGCCCGAUCUGCAACUGGGUGGUGAUCAGCCUACCCGCCCUGGAGGACCACAUGACGAAGCACAAGGGCCUGACCAAGUCCGUGCUGUACCAGUGCCCCCACUGCCCGUACAGCACGGACAAAGCGGCCACGCUGAUCGGCCACCAGAGGAGCCAUGCCGACGAGAAGCUCUACAAGUGUUGGGUGUGCGAUGAAGUUUUCGCGAAUUCGGAAGACUACUGCUCCCAUCAGACCACGCACAUCAAUCGAGCGCGACGCAGGAAAUCGAUCGUCCCACCGCCAAGAGACGUCUCACCGGACAAGAGAAUCCACGCGGGCGAGAGGCCCUACCACUGCAACGUCUGCGGGGUGGACUUCACUCAAUCGCAACACCUCCUCAAACACCAGAGGAUCCACACGAACGAGAAACCGUACGUCUGCACCGUGUGCGGAAAGGCGUUCGUCCGCUCGGCCAACCUCGUCAUUCACACUCGGGUCCACACGGGCGAGAAGCCGUAUAAGUGUGCCACGUGCGGCAAGGCAUACAGCCAGUCGACGGCUCUCAUCAACCACAAGAGGACCCACACGGGCGAGAAGCCCUAUGGGUGCUCGGUGUGCAGGAAGCGAUUUGCCCUGUUGAAGGUUCUCGUCCAACAUGAGAGAACCCACACGGGCGAGAAGCCCUACGAGUGCACCACGUGCGGCAAGUCCUUCACCCAGUCGGGCACCCUGGGCAUCCACAAGCGCACCCACACGGGCGAGAGACCGUACACGUGCGACGUGUGCGACAGAUCGUUCACGCACUUGGGCACUCUCCACGUACACAAGAAGACGCACUCGGGUGGGAGGUCCCUCACGUGCCCCACGCGCGGGAAGGCCUCCUCUGAGGCAGGGAGUCUCCGGGCGUGCCAGCAGGCCCACGUGGAUUCGAGCGAGUCGACGCCGCCGGCCCGUCCCCCACUCCUCCGCCGCCGCACCCGCAGUAGGGCCAGACUCCACGAGGGCAUGACUGCCGCUGGUGAGGUCGUGGCGAGCCUCGGGGGCGAGAGUCCCGCAGCGACCCCCUCGGCAACCCCUUUGGCGACCCCUUCGGCAUCGCUAACAUCAGAACACGGCGAGACCCUCAGCUUCGAGACAUUGCCAGGGGUUAAGGUAGAAUGUGACGGUGAACAUCCUCCCGCCUCCCUACCGAACAUGAAGCGGGAGCGCGGCGGGUUCGCCAGCUUCGAGACGUGGUCAGGGGUGAAGGUGGAAUGCGACGGUGAAGAUCCUUCCGCCUCCUUACCGAUCAUAAAGCGGGAGCGCGGAGAGAUCGCCAGCGUCGAGACGUGGCCAGGGGUGAAGGUAGAACUUGGGGGGGAGGAUUUUUCAGUUCCCCUCUCGAUCGUGAAGCAGGAACAGGAAGAAAGCUCUGGCUGUGAGACGUGGCUCGGACGUCACGUCCCUUCGUCAUCUAUCGGUCGUGACGUCAUCCCCCCCCCCAACGGUCGUGACGUCACGCCGGCCUUGCUUGUUCCCGUUUUGCUCGCGCCAACGUCACUCGCACGCGACGGAAGGAAGCCGACGGAGAGGGAGCAGAGGGCGAAGAGAGACCCGGAGACUUUGGGGUGGGAGCAGAGUUCCAGGACGGGAACGAUGAACGAGGGAGGAGAGAUGAAGAUCUACUGCCCGGUCUGCAACUGGGUGGUGGUCAGCCUGCCUGCCCUGGAGGACCACAUGAAGCAGCACAGGGGUCGGACCGAGCCCGUGCUGUACCAGUGCCCCCACUGCCCAUACAGCACGGACAAAGUGGCCACUCUGAUCGGCCACCAGAGGAGCCACGCCGACGAGAUGCUCCACAAGUGCUGGGUGUGCGAUGAAGUUUUUGCAAAUUCGGAAGACUACUGCUCCCAUCAGACCACGCACAUCAAUCGAGCGCUACGCAGGAAGUCGAUCGUCCCACCGCCAAAAGACGUCUCACCGGACAAGAGAAUUCGCGCGGGGGAGAGGCCCUACCACUGCAACGUCUGCGGGGUGGACUUCACUCGGUCGCACUACCUCCUCAUACACCAGAGAAUCCACACUAACGAGAAGCGAUACGUGUGCACCGUGUGCGGAAAAGCGUUCGUGCGCUCGGCCAACCUCGAUAACCACACUCGGAUCCACACGGGCGAGAUGCCGUACAAGUGCGCCACGUGCGGCAAGGUAUACAGCCAGUCGACGGCUCUCAUCAAUCACAAGAGGACCCACACGCGCGAGAAGCCCUAUGGGUGCUCGGUGUGCGGGAGGCGAUUUACCCUGUUGAAGGUUCUCGUCCAACAUGAGAGAACCCACACGGGCGAGAAGCCCUACGAGUGCACCACGUGCGGCAAGUCCUUCACCCAGUCGGCCACCCUGGGCAACCACAAGCGCAUCCACACGGGCGAGAGACCGUACACGUGCGACGUGUGCGACAGGUCGUUCACGCACUUGGGCACUCUCCACGUACACAAGAAGACGCACUCGGGUGGGAGGUCCCUCACGUGCCCCACGCGCGGGAAGGCCUCCUCUGAGGCAGGGAGUCUCCGGGCGUGCCGGCAGGCCCGCGCGGGUUCGAGCGAGUCGACGUCGCCGGCCCGUCCCCCCCUUCUCCGCCGCCGCACCCGCAGUAGGGCCAGACUCCACGAGGGCAUGACUGCCGCUGGGGAGGUCGUGGCGAGCCUCGGGGGCGAGGGUCCCGCAGCGACCCCCUCGGCAACCCCUUUGGCGACCCCCUCGGCAUCGCUAACAUCAGAACACGGCGAGACCCUCAGCUUCGAGACAUUGCCAGGGGUUAAGGUAGAAUGUGACGGUGAAGAUCCUCCCGCCUCCCUACCGAACAUGAAGCGGGAGCGCCGAGGGAUCGCCAGCUUCGAGACGUGGUCAGGGGUGAAGGUGGAAUGCGACGGUGAAGAUCCUUCCGCCUCCUUACCGAUCAUAAAGCGGGAGCGCGGAGAGAUCGCCAGCGUCGAGACGUGGCCAGGGGUGAAGGUAGAACUUGGGGGGGAGGAUUUUUCAGUUCCCCUCUCGAUCGUGAAGCAGGAACGGAAAGAAAGCCCCGGCUGUGAGACGCGGCUGGGGUGAAGGUGGCGCACGGGUGCCCGAGUCUCUGCUUUGGGAACGGAUGUUGAGGUCUACGUGGGAAGCGUGAAGGUGAAGGCUCCAAAGCAAGCAUGUCGAGUGAGAGCGAGUCCUCGACUGGGACCUUUGUUAAUUUUGGUGGCGCGGGUGGAGGAUGUGUACUACACAGAGGGGGCAGGUCUCUUAGAGCGGAGAUUAAACACUCGAGAAGCUGACCGAGAGAGAUAAAUGCUGAGAAAAUGUCGUGUGAUACAUCGGCCGUUCGAAAGCAUGAGCGUGUCUGUACGACUGUGAAGGUACACAACGUGGAGGCAAUUUUUUUUGCUCUGAGAACAGAUACACGUGCAGUGAAAAAUACGUAGACUCUUUGUUUUAUUUUACCAGGUAAGGCCCACCACUGAGCCACAUAGCUAUCUUUCAGAAGCUACCUGGCCAUCACAAAUGUUACCUCAACGAAUCGGCCUAUCAUCACGUGGCACUUAUAGCAGUAGCCACAUGCUCUCUAAACGCCCGGUGAUGUUGAUUGUAAAUGUCGGGGGGGGGGGGGGGGUUGGGGAAACUGGAGGACCCGGAGAAAAAUCCACGUUAAUCACGGGGAGAGAGACGUGCAAAGUCCAAAUAUAUAGCAGCCCGUGUCAGAGCUGGGAUUGAACCCAUGAUCUCCUGGAUGCCAGACGAGGUAGUUAACAUUUCACCACCAUGUCACCUAACGGUGGAGGAGACGCCACACCAGAUUUUAAAGGAACACCGAUCUGGACGUGUGGGUGACGCAGCAGGCAAGGAUGGAUAACGUGCAACGGACUUAAACUUCGGUAAACACUCUUGAGUGGUGGUUAUUAACCUUCACUGUAGCCUUGGUUCUCAAUCGUUACAAAAUAAUUAUAAGUUGUCUCCUCCCUCGAGACAACAAAGGCCAAAAGAUCACCCCCUCCCCUGCCUCGCCGAAACAAAAGACAUCUGGAGGUUAAUUAUUCACAAGGUUGUCUUGGGAAAGUUGUAAAACUCGAUUGACCACCACGGCAUAGAAAUAAUCAAAAAAAUAGUGAGGCAGAAAACGCCAAUAUGGGCUGAUGAGAGCCUACACACAUGACCAUAGUGUGAGGAUCAUUCCUAUUGUGCUCCGAUCAAAGUCAACAUCUCCGAGGGAAUACUUGAGGCCGCCGCUACUCUUGAGUGUGCCCAGUACUUCGCCAACCCACAGACAAAGGAUAGUGAGGGUCGUAUCAGAGACUGAAGCGGAACGAUAUAACCUGAUCUGGAGCGUGUCCACUGAACAGAGUACAGACAACUGCCACGAGGAUUCUCGGAAAGAUGGGGAAAGACAUGACGGGCGCUGUCUCUCCCAGCCGUUCCUCAGUCUGCAAGGGUCAACCGUGUCUGGUGCAAAGGGGGAUGACGCGCUGCCGCCGGCGGACGAGCUAUAAACGAUAUCUGGUGACGUGAUCAUCGCGCACACGACUGCAGACGGAGCUGGACCCAUUGAUCUCUGCCAGCACGGGCACCGCAGUCAGCGUGAGCAGCAUGCUGACUCGACAACCACUCCAGCGGUGGACGUGGAGCCUGGCUGGAUGCAGCCGAGUAAAAUCACACGCCGUGUGCCGACAUAGACCCGCCGAUUCAAUGCCUCUGCUGGGGACCUGAGGUAUUUUCGGUAGGAGGAAACGCACCACUAUCAAGCCAAUGACAGCCUCUGGAGCCCAGAACCACCAAUAGAGAUUGUACGUGGACAAACUCAAGCCAUACUACCCGCUAUAAUUAUUGGACCUCGUGGUAACUGCUGUUGUAUAUGUCGGGUUAUGAAAUUUUGAUUAAAAAAAAUGAAGAUGUGAAAAAUGCGUAAAUCGUGGGAAGCAUGCUAAUUUAUGUAAUUAUGUGCAUAAAUUAUACCAAUUAUUUCAUGCAAAUGUUUGCGAUUAUGUUAAUGUGGGCCGUUAUGAUAAUUAGGCUUAGCUUUGCUGCCCAGAGUUGUAUCAAUCGGGAUAAAACAAUUAUUCUUGCUUAAACAUUUAUUGAUUAUAUCUUAGUGUGUUAUGUUAGGUCUCCAAAUUCAUAUCUCAACGCAGGAUACAGUUCUUAUAACGAAGAUUGUUAUGCAUGAACUUAGGAAAGAAACACUCAAACACUUCUGUGUUAAGCAAUUUUAAUUCUAAAUAAAAACAUGUCACUCUAAUAUGCGAACUCUCAUGCUUGGAAUUGUUAACACAUUACUCCUGGAUAUGUUUUCCUUAUGAUCCGUGCAUUUAACCCUCAGUGAUUAUAUUGUCAAACUGGGUAAUCAGAACAAUCAAUUAAUUCCACAGAGAAACGCGAGCAUAUCCGGCAACAGGUAGAGUCUUUAAAACAGGCAUGCAAUGAUAUAUCCCAAAGGCAAAGUUUCUGUGAAUUCAUUGUCAAGAUUAUGCAAUUAGCGAAAACGAAUGACUAAAAUACUUCUAACAAUCUUAUUCAUGUAACUCGACGGGCAGCAACUGCUUUUCACGAUCAGUUGAUAUUUAACGCACCACCUUGGAAUGGCAACCCUUCUCAAAACACAAAGAUAACUUUUUGGAACAAUCUUGUUCGUCCCGAUAUGCGUGUUGUGUGCGUGUGUAUUGUCCCCUUGAUAAAUUAUUGUUUUAAGCAGAAGCCGGGCGCUGUGUCAUGAGCUUGUGAGGUGGGGGAGGGGUAUACAAACAGCGGCUUCACUCCCUGCUCCCUCGCGCGGGCGUGUCUGCAGUGAGCCACCGGCUUUCUCUCUCCACAGCUAGAUUGAGCGGCGUCGGCACGAAGUUGUCCUUGAAGAGGCUCGGUCGCUUGGCGCUCGGUGGUGCCCGGCGAUUCCGUCGUCAGCGCGCGCAGCUCGUCAGCUGCGAAGGUUCCUCACUCUUGUCUUGGUUCCCAGCCGGUGCUGGUCAAUGUGUGUGUGUAUUAAACACACGGCGCUCUCGCUGGCGCUGACACCCGU